AUGAACCUCCUCAUGAUGGCUCCGCUCCUCGAUUCCCGCGGUAACCUCCGCUACUUUAUCGGCGCGCAAGUCGACGUCUCAGGCCUCGUGAAGGACUGCACCGACCUCGACGCGUUCAGGCACAUGCUUGAUAUCAAAGAUGGCCGUGAGCCGCCUGACGAGGCGAAAGACGAGUUCCAGCAGUUGAGCGAGAUGUUCAACAUCCAGGAGCUGGACACGGUAAGGCGGCACGGCGGGAACAUGCACAGAGAGACACUUGAAGAGGAUGAUAACAUGAGCACGAGGGGUGGAAAUCAGCCACCGCGGCCGAGGGUGUUGAUCAAAGAUAUGACGAGCUACGAGGCGCCCAGUCCAGGCUUGUCUUCGAAGAGCGAGGGCAAGUUGCAGGGCUACUUGCUCAUCCGACCGGCGCCCUCGCUGCGCAUCCUUUUCGUAUCGCCGUCCCUUCGCGUCCCGGGCAUUCUCCAGUCUCGCUUCUUAGAUCGCAUAGGAGGCAACACGCGCGUGCGCAACUCCGUCGCCGAAGCCCUGACCGACAGCUCGCGCGGUGUCACCGCGAAGAUUCGCUGGCUCACCACCGCAACCGCGAACCUCGACGAAGGCUCACACGAAGAAGGUCGUCCUCGAUGGAUCCAUUGCACGCCGCUGCUCGGGCAAUCCGGCGCGGUGGGCGUCUGGAUGGUCGUCCUCGUGGACGAUGAGAAACAGCUUGGUCCAGCGCGGCGCUUCAGGCAGGCGCCACCGAUACCACAUGAUGUGAGGAGACCACAACAGCCACAACGUCUUAAACAAAUGUCGCCCGAUCCCAUGGGUUUUGGCACAGAUAGCGAAGGAGAGCGCGAGCGCAGAGCACCGACACCGAUGUAUUCGAUGGGCCAUAUGACCGGCAGCUUCCCGCGGCAUAUCAACAGGAAUGGAGGUCCGAGCCAAGGUCCGAGCCGGCCGGAGAGUCUGAGCGACCAACGAGCAGAACCCAGUAUUGCCUCUUUCGCAUUGUGA